GUUUGUAUCACUGAAUCACCGCUCGUGUCUUCCUCGAGGAAUAGAGAUAGAGACGAGCAACCAAGGAGUUCCAAUGUUGUGUCGCGUGCUCUAUCUACGCCUGAUUAGCGAAGAACCGAACAGAUUCAUUUUGCAUUUGCCCAGCCACUCAGUCGCAUAUCGAGUUUAACCGCAAAGGGUCCGCUGGCGGUGCAAACGUGCCAAUGUGACGAUUUAAUGGCGAAAUCUGUUACGUUCCGGGCGCCACGGCCGAGGAGAUACAUAUGAAGCUGCUCGGCUGGAGACUAGUAGAGAGUUAUUAAUGAAACGGCAUGCUUGUAAGAGUCUGGCCGCACAUCGCCACGUGGGAUGAAUGAAGAAGAAUUGUUGAAACGGUCUGCUGCAGAGCGUGAUAGGAUUUUCAGUUGCUAUGAUCGCGGUAGGGAGGGUGCUGAGAUUGAUCCUUGGGAGGAUCCUGCUUACGAAGUUUAUCACACUACAGAUAGAUAUGGAUUUAUACAUGAUAAGAGGUUACCACAGAAACGGGAUGCAUUUGAGGUCAAGUUGCACCACGUGGAGAUGGAGAGAUUGAAGAAAUGGGAGAAAAUGACAAAACAAUGGGACAGUGCCUCGACAAAGGAAAAACUGCGUCGCAGAAUAUACAAAGGAAUUCCUAACAGAUUUCGUGGUCAAGUAUGGAUCCUACUUCUAGGAAUAAAGAAUCUGAAGAAGGAGCAGGCGGGCAAGUAUGAAGAGAUGUUACAGUUGGCUCGCCAAUGGUCCACGGAGAUACGACAGAUUGAUGCCGAUGUUGCCAGACAAUACAGAGAUCAUAUUAAUUAUAGAGAGAGAUAUAGCAUAAAACAAAAGUCUAUGUUUUACGUACUGGCUGCCUACAGUAUGUACAACAUGGAGGUAGGAUAUUGCCAAGGAAUGUCCGUGCUAGCCGGUCUGCUGCUGCUUUAUAUGGAUGAGGAAGACGCUUUCUGGGGCCUUUCUGUGUUGCUUGCCGAUCAAAAAUACAGCAUGCACGGCUUUUACGUCGAUGGAUUUCCUAAAUUAAACCGCUUCAUAGAGCACCAUGACAAGAUAAUGAACAAAUUUUUGCCGAAACUAAAACGGAAAAUGGAUAAGUGCGGCUGCGAUUCUAUACUCUAUGCCUUGAAGUGGUUCUUCGUUGUUUUUCAAGAGAGAACUCCCGUUAGUCUCGGUCUCCGUAUCUGGGACAUAUUUCUAUUGGAUGGUGAUCGCAUGUUACCAGCAAUGGCGUAUACUGUUAUGAAGCUGCAUAAGCGCUAUUUGAUGCCAAUGGAGAGUCUUGAUGAGUUUUGCAACUAUCUACAGAUUAAAUUGGAGAAGGAUUUUUGCUUUGAUGACGACACCGUGAUAAGUACGAUAGAGCGCAGCAUGGAAGAAUUAAAGCGUGCCAAAUUAGAUUAUCCAGGUGCUCCGUUGCCACACGAACUACCUCGCUAUCCGUUUGGCACUUUCCAGGAGCCUACUUUUACCAGCAAGGUUGGAAGGCGAAGCGAAGAGUUUAGCGAAGCUCAGCAUGUGAUGCGAGAAUCCGUGGCGCAGCGCAGGGAUAUGACAUUGAUUGACGACGGUAGGGAGAGCACCACGCCUGUUGAACCGACCAGUGGCCUUGGCGGAAGUAAAUUCUCUUUUGAUCCGAGUCUCGAUGAAGGCGCAUCUCCCAACGGCUCUCGUCGGUCGUUAGCCGAGACGUCGGUGACGUCGACGGCCGAUUUAUCGGUAUUCAGCUCGGUAACACGUUCCCAGGUCCUGGACAACAGUCUGGAUACCCAGAGCAAUAUCUCAAAUGGGAGCUCGGGCAGUGGCGGUCUGCCCACACCGCGGGCGACGCCACAUCAGCCCAGCCCAGACGUAGUGCGAAUUUACGUACCAUACACGUCGCCUACGUACACAUCGUCGGCGGUGGCUUCUUACAAGGAUGAUUUACCGCGCACACUGCCCCGUUCCCUGGACACCAACAAGAUUCGCAUUCGCAUUGAUCCGGACCAGACGCCUAUCGUUGAAAAUCUAAAGCCAUUCACACUCGAGAGUCCAGAAGUCGAGCUAGAUUUGAAGUGAGUCGUUUGAACUACACACGAACGUGAAAUCAUAAAUGGCCAUGAUGUGCAUACAAUAGUUUGGUCCUGAAAGUCGCGCAUUUUUUGUCAAGAGCGAGGGCAAUAAAUUAAAAAAUAUUUGAGAUAUUUUUUUUUUAAGUGGUCGAUCGAAUAUUGGAUAUUAAUGCCGCCAAAUAUGAUUAAUGUCAUUCUAAUAACUAAUUCUUAACAUGUAUUCAAUGUAUCUUCUUUUGUCUCUCUUGGGAAAUAAAAUAGCUAAUUUAAGUUUCCCAUGUCAAAUAUAUGUCGAAGACUUAAUAUUGAACAAAAAACUGCUUAAAUCUCGAAAUAUGAUUCUAAACAUUCUUAAAAAUAAUGCGCGACUUCUGGCAUACCCUGUGUAUGUUCUGCGAUAAAUCGCGCGUACAUAACAGAAGAAAUAAUGACAAAUACGAAAACUGUUGCGUUAAAUCUUAAAGAAUCCCUUUAUAGAAAACGUCAAUUGAUGAAUUAAGAUUUAGAAGUGAGAAAAAAAUUAUACAG